GGCUACGGAUAUCACGCACAACCACGCACGACUGCGAUAUGUUUACCACACGCAAUUACCAUAACGUUAUCUUCCUAAUUACAUCCAUACUUUGCUUGUCGUAUUCACGCUUCGGUACAUAGUAUGUACCUCGUGCUGAUUGGUCGACGGUAUUCUACCCAUGACAUUUUCACGAAAAACAUCGUAUACUAUUUUCUAAAUUUUUAAAAAUAAGUGCGCGUGUCUCAAAGGAUUGUAUAUCCUGCAAAUUUUUAUUUUCGAAAUUAUUGUAGUAUUGUCUGUUCAACACGUUGUUAAAUAUAUUCUACAUACGUUAAAUUUUAAACGAUUAUCCAGAACGCUUGGAAUAUAAAUAUAUACACUAAAAAUUGAGGACGUGUUUCUCUUAUUAACGUAUUAAUUAAGAAAGAUUGUAAAACACGCAAAAGCACACAUAAAAGUAUAGUAAAAUUAAGUAUGGCGUUAAUCCUAUCAGCUGAUAUCGUCUGCUGGUAUGACGAAUUGUAGUUCGUCUUGUUGGUUAAACAGUGCCUCUUUAACUGUUACAAUAACGUUUUUUGAUUUGAUGGUUACUUCGUCGAAUUAAUAGAUUCGCGAAACCCGAUAAAGUUAUGGAUGUUUUAAUGACGCAAUGACUGUGUCACGGUUUCUAAUGGUGAAAAUAUUUCGGAAAGAAGAUCUCGAUUGAGCGCGUCAUUGACAAGUGGUACAGGAAUGUGGGCAAACAGAUAGGAUUAUCGCGAGAACGAUCCUGUACACGAUCGGCGACGUAAAAGAAUCUGCCGUUCAACGAGCAGAUUCGGUUGUGAUGAGCGACUCCGAACAGCGGCAAUUGCACGUGCCUUAUAGAGAAUACCAUAGCCAGAAUAAUACUAACACAUCUGCUCUGGUGGAAACUGAUGCAUUGGUAGAUUUAUCCAUUGCAUCCAACAAUUGUUUACCAGUGAAUAGCAACGAGAGCUCAGAACUCAUACCAGACGUUGAAUUUGUUCCAAACCCAAGCAACGAACAACCUAUAGCCAUUGAUUCCCCUGGGAUCGACCGGGAGAGCCAGCCUCUCCUAGGUCGCUUGGAGCUAGAUGUUACGUUCAAUCGUUUUCCUGACGAUCCACAAUUUUCUGAGUUGGUAUGGCAAGCCGAAUGCGCAAUAGACAAUGGAAUAUCUCCUGAAAGAAUAUAUCAGGGCUCCAGUGGGAGCUACUUUGUAAAAAAUCCUGCAGGGAAAAUAAUAGGUGUAUUCAAACCAAAAGAUGAGGAACCUUAUGGCAGAUUAAAUCCAAAGUGGACAAAAUGGAUGCACAAACUUUGCUGUCCUUGUUGUUUCGGAAGAAGUUGUUUGAUACCAAAUCAGGGAUAUUUAAGCGAGGCUGGUGCAAGUUUAGUUGACCGUAAACUAGGUCUCGGAAUAGUUCCAAAUACUAGAGUAGUUAAGCUCGUCAGUAAAACAUUUAACUACCCACGCCUAGACCGUCAAAAAGCCCGGAUGAAGCAAGCGAUCAUGGAUCAAUUUCCCACAGUAGGCUCUCAUUUCAAUCGCAUCGGUCUACCACCAAAAGUUGGUUCGUUCCAAGUUUUCGUAGACGGCUAUAAAGACGCCGACUUCUGGUUGAGACGAUGGGAAAACGAGCCUCUGUCGCCGCGUCUCAGUAGAGAAUUUCAACUUCAAUUCGAGCGUUUAGUUAUUUUGGAUUACAUAAUUAGAAAUACAGAUCGAGGUAACGACAACUGGCUUAUUAAGUACGAUAAUGUUGUGGGGAAGACGGGGUCGGAACAAGGCGAGGUCAAAAUUGCUGCAAUAGACAACGGACUAGCCUUUCCUUUCAAACAUCCCGAUUCUUGGCGUGCCUAUCCUUAUCACUGGGCUUGGUUGAGUCAAGCAAAGCAACCUUUUAGCGAAGUAACGAGAGAACUUGUGCUUCCUCAGCUCUCCGACCAAAAUUUCGUACAAGAUCUUUGCGAUGAUUUGUAUCAAUUGUUGAAACAAGAUAAAGGUUUCGAUCGGCACCACUUUGAUAAACAGAUGAGUGUGAUGCGAGGUCAGAUUUUAAACUUGCAACAAGCUUUAAAGGAUGCCAAAAGCCCGGUGCAAUUGGUCCAAAUGCCUGCUGUGAUCGUCGAAAAGUACGUGCAACCGUUGCGAGUCAAAUCGUUUGCACCCGAGAGAAAGUAUUGCCCGCCCUCGAAGCUGUUGGAAACGGAUACCACUUAUCACGUGUCCUAUUUGAACGUGGGCCAUGGAGAUAUGCGGCACAGCCGGUCCCAACCGAUUCGACCCAGUCCGGCCCUCGGAAAGUUUGAAGGGAAGUUUUCCGACGAAACGACUAACAAACUCAGUUACAAGAAACCCGUUACCGGUCCUAUACCUAGGCUGAGGCCAAUUUUGCCGAAGCAAAGGCCAAUGAUUGGGACAGGUCGCAUGGAACACGUUACCACCGUUCGCCAGGACUUCGGCCGUAAACACAUCGACAAACCGGAGCUUAUAGUGCCCUGUGGUCAUAUUCGUCUGAGCACCGGUCAAUUGGACGCCAGCACCACCGCGAAACUGUCCUACGCGGAUCCAGGUUUCGUCGAACCGACCAUCAAUUUCAAACCGAUAAGGGUUUACCGACCCCCAUGCGAACCGGUGUAUCACGAGACUACACAAAAGUUGAGCUAUCUACCGGUUCAAAUUCAAGAGAAGGAGUCGUGCCCUUGGCGAAUCAAGCCAACGUAUAGACCUCCGGACGUAGCGAUGUGCGCACAGACCACCUACUCGCAAAGCUAUUUACAAAACGAUGAACCUUGCAUGGAGAAACCCAUCAAGCCAAUCGGUAACCCUUUGUUCCCUCACGGCGGCGAAUUCGCCGCGAGAACAAUAUACAAGGAGAGCUACCACAUACAACCGAGUAGCAUCGAUCGGGUGGAACCGUUCCUUCCUUGCCACAGUAUCUCGAGACUGGAUGGCAAAAUAUCGGGGGACACGACCAAUAAACUCAGCUACCAGAAGAUUCAAACCGACGAACGUGCAACGCCCAUAUUGCCCCGGAGCAGGAACAUGAUGGGCGACGGUCCGAUGCAGUCGGAGACUACAAGUCGCUGCGAUUUUGCCCCGAAAUCGUCGGCGACACGACCCGAUCCUAUUAUUCCGAGCAGCAAUCUUAAAAGUGCAGACACACCUAUGGACGAUACAACUACCGCGAGAUUAUCGUACGCAGUGCCAGGACCGAUGGACUGUGUCCAAAGUUACAAGCCGGUCGUUCAUUAUGCCAAAUCACCGUACAAAAUCGAUUGCGAAACCGUGAGCAAACUUUCGUAUCAGACGUGGACACCGCCACCAAAAGAAGAACUUACGUGGGCGGUCAAGAGGAAGUAUGAACCACCGAAGGAUCCCAUGUGCGCCGACACUAUCUAUCAAGCCAGUUAUCCAGCUCCCGGCCACUACGAGCAAUUAUGCGAGGAGCAACAAGACUGUGAUUGCUUGGACGUGAAAGAGACAUGUCCGUCCGCGCAAACCGAACCAUGCGAAAAUUCGAACGAUUCCCAUCGUUGAACGAGACUUUGCUCGCUCAACGAACGAAGUGUUGCGGUGACUCUGCAAGCGACGCUCCAUAAAAGAGAGAGAUCAAAUUACAUUGUAAAGAAACUUUCAAAGUCGAGCUAAAUGAUAUUUUAUUACGGCACGUUGGUGAUAGACGAACGUAUUUCUUAUAGCGAUUUUAGUCUCUUAUAGCGAUUGCAGUAUACAGGAUGACGAAUAAUAAAUGUUUUAUCUUUUACAAACAGUAAAAUUGUUCUCGAUAAUAAAAUAAACUCUAAUCUUUGAUAAAAAGAUCAAUAGACAAUAUUAACGUACUACGCUCUUUUUAGGUCUAGCUUAUUACGUACAUACAUACAUACAUACAUACAUACAUACAUAGUUAUGUACCGUAUAUUCUAAAAUGUGUACUAACUUUAAGGUAAAUAUAAUGGGAUAACGAUGCGGGUAAUCCUACUGAAGAGGUAA